UUAUUUUGUCGAUGUAUAUAAUGGAUUAAGCUUUGUCCAGUAAUAUCAAAAAAUUCUAAGCACUUCAACAGCUUAGACUAUGUUCUAUAAGUAUACUCCCAUAAUGUAUCCGCAAUAUAUUUUCAUUGUGCUUGUCGGUUGUUUGUUUGCUCAAAAUGCGGCAGUGCCAACAAGUCGUAUCGUUCAUGGAAACAUUGCAGCCAAAUAUCAAUUUCCAUGGCACGUUUCGCUAACAAUCAGCUAUGCGAAUUCGUCACAUCGCUCAUACUGCGGAGGAUCUUUAAUUUCGUCUCGUUAUGUUCUCACCGCUGCGUCUUGCCUACUAAAUGCAGUCAGCAUCAAAGCCGACUUCGGAUCCAUUUCCUUCUCAACUCCGCUUCAAUCACAGAUCACUACUAAGGGUAUGCUCCAUCCACAGUUCCAACCCAAAAACAAUGCGAACAAUAUCGCGAUUCUUCAACUGAAUGAGGACGUUUGGUAUACCAACGAUAAAAGGGCCAUUUUGUUAGCUGGCCAGUCGCAGGCAAGCAAUGCGUUUAUUAAUACAACCAGCUAUAUAUCUGGUUUUGGAGUCGCCCAAAACGGAGAUAGUUACUUGUCCGACAAUAUGCGAUACGCGUUCACCACAGUCAUUUCGAACGAUGUGUGUCAACACUUUUUCCCUUCAUCGUAUGUUCGUAGCGAAACUAUGUGCACAAUGGGAUACAUCAACUCACUACAAUCAGCUUGUUAUGGUGAUCAGGGCGGCGCCUUAGUGACGAAUAUCGGUGGAACAUGGUAUCAAAUUGGUCUGAUUAGUACAAUUCAUGGAGUUGGAUGUACAGGAAAUAAUCCCAAUUUAUACACGAGAAUAACCCCGUACAUUCAAUGGAUCAAUCAAAUGACUGGAAUCGCUAUCAAUCCGUAAAUAAAUUAACUUGGCAAUAAAUGUUGAUCGAAUAAUUUAGAUUUAUCGUUUUGUACUUAUUACUGGCAAUAAAGUAUAGUGAACGCAAGGAAAUGAUUGA